AGGAGAACGACUCAUAUUUAAAAUUUCAUUAAUUAAGGACUAUACUGCACAAACUAAUGUAAUGCUGCUGGGACGAAGUAAAAUACAAUUUUAGUUGCGUUCAUCGCCACUUAAGUUUUGCUACUAUUUAACGUAGACUUUUAGUUAAUACGAUGAUGAUGAAGGACACGAGCGGAACUUGACUUUAUCUGUCGACUUGUUAUAGUUAAUACAAGAAGUCAGUGUGAUGCAACAAACUCAAACAACAACAAAUAAACAGAAGCACCAUGCAUACGCAGUCUUCGUAGUUUAAAGCUUCUUCACCCAACGGAACAAUAGGAUUCAUAUGAAUUUUGAAGUUAUGAAAGAAGCCACCAUGGUUUAAUUCCCAUCAUCGUUCGUGAUAGAUACGGGUGCAUACAUAAGGAACUUAUGUACCAUGCAGAAUUAGCUCCCCUUGUUGUUGUUGUGCUGCUACAAUUACACGAUGAUGAUAGAAUUCAAACUAUGCGAAUUAAAUACGAAUGAUUCUACUCUACAUAACGAAAAUGGAGGAAGGGAAUUAUGUGAGGGUAAUGUAAUAACGUGAGUAACUGAACUGAAUAGAGUUCAUAAAGCAUAUACUUGUCUUCUUCUUCUGGGAGUGAUAAGUGGUGCAGAGAGGAUUCCUAAGGGUGAUAAAGUGUAGUUUACUCGAAUUGAGUUCUGACUGCGUUUAUUCUUUCCUUUUGUGUUGUUGGUGAGUGAUGAUAAGAGUCGGAAAAUGAAAUAAUAUUUAAUACAUCAUAUCUAGUCCGCACCAUAUUUUUUGAGAAGCGGAAGCAGAAGAAGAAGUUAAAGAGAUUCUGAUCCUGAAGAAGGAUUCGAUUUUGUAGUCAGUCAGUCGUCAUUUCACACUUGUCUUAAUGCCGUAAUAGGCAGUAACGUAACGGUUGCAAAAUCAUGAAGUAAUAAUAAAGUAAUGAUUAAUUUAGUAAAACAGGAAGAAAAACAAGAGUCGGGUCGGAUUUGUUAGUUGUUCCAUUAGUUUUGUCUGGAAUUGAGUUUUGAGGAAUUGUGUGGGUGGGAGAAAGUUCAGAGUUUUGUGUGGAAUGUGUGCAACUUGAAAACCCGAAAAACCUUGUGCAACUGAAAAAAAUGUGAGAUAUUAAGAGAAAUUGAGACAGAAUAUAAUGUGCUGCAUAUUUUGUGUCUCAUUUCGUGGAGCAGCCUAUUUUGGAACGACGGCACAAAUCUUGUUGGGAUUGGCCAUCGUGAUAAAGUAUGGGACUUAUCUGCCCGAUGUACAAUGGAGAGAUUUUCAGUCAAUCGGGUCUGGACCGGUUGCCAUAUUAUUCACUUACGGAAUACUCAUAUUUGCAUUCGGUUGCUUCAUUUUCCGGGGAAUUGAGCGUGAAUCUUUACGUCUCCUAAAAGUUGCCGUCGGGGGACUCACAAUUCUCCAAUGUUUAGUCCUCGUGACCCACCUCGUCCUCCUUUCCCUCACGUUUGACAACCUCCAAGAGGACGACCGAAUCACGCAAGUGUCCGCCCUCGCCCUCAACCUGGUCGUGACCUUUGUCCUCCUCACGACCCACUUUCUCUACAUGAUCCGAAUUGCGAGGAGGGAUUGGGCCGUGCUGCGAGAGAGGGGAAGUUGCAGCGGAAGUGGAUCCUCGGUCCCACUCUCGUCCAGUGCGACGCUAACUUUGAAGGGGUGUGGUAUCAGUGGUGGUGGUGGUGGUGGGGGCAGAAGUUCUGUUGGUAGCAGCACAUCGUCCACCACGAUGGGAUUUCGGACACCGCCACAAAGAUAUGUGGAUGGUCAGUGGGAAAAUUUACAUGUUUAGAGAAAACUACCCAGGAAAGUUUAGUCUCAUUUUUUUUAAAUGAUAUUGUCAAUUUGUCAUGCAAGAAAACUGAAAUAAAUACUCGCACUUUUUUUACGACACGAUAAAAAUCGAAUUAAAA